AUGACUUUCGCACCGCCGCCCGGAUCCACUGCAGAGUUGCACAACAGACUCCAAACCGAGCAGCACUGGGGAUACACAAUCUACCGUACCACAUUCUCAGCGCAGGCGGACGCCGCAUGCCCCACCAUACUCCGCUACCUUGAUGCCUGCAUCAAGAAAUCGCUCUUCUCCGAGUGUGCCUCUUACAGCCAGGAUUCCCCCGGAGUCGACCCCGCCAUCUACGAGGGCAUCUGGACCAGAUAUCAGUCCACCGUCAUUGAAGAUGCGGCGCGGUUCACAAGGGCCUCUAUCGAGUCAGUCCGGGAUCACUUCGAGGCUUUUGUGGAAGGCCAGGACCGACGCCACCUUUUCAACUCGGAUCGAAUGUGCAUCGUCAUUGACGAAGAGUCCCUGCUCACGCUUUUGGAUGCAUCGGUGGAGGGCCUGGAGGCGGAGGGACCCACGCACGUCCACGAGACGACGCGGUUUUUGAAGGUUCUCGAGGCGUGGCUGACUGUGGACGAGUAUGAUAGUUUCCCGGGGUGGAUGAAGUGUUCGCCCCGAGCACUGGGAUCUGUGGAAGAUGAUGGGCAAUGGCGAGGAGAUGAGGAAUUCGUGGGAGGAUAUGGAUGA